AAAGAUGGCUGUGCAAUUGGACAGCAGCGGUAAAGAUGAUUUGAAAACGCAGUUCACUUCCCCCGAAGGGGACUACCGAUUAAUGACGCUCUCGGAGUACUCCCGGCCGAACCGCGUCGGGUACCAGAACAAUCAGAACAGUCCGCAGGUUCGCGUUUCGAUCGUGUCACUGCCGGCCCCACCGCCUCCCGCGAUCGGCCAGCUGGUGGCCGGAGCAGUUCCCAACAACACCAGCAACAGCAAUAUCGCCCUCACCAAACCUCAAUCCUUUGCGAACGGCCUGGAACACCAGACAACACCCGGAUUCAGCGCGCCGGUCGGUGGGGACCGAAUAUGUUUCAAUUACGGCAAAGAGCUCUACGUAUACUCCUACCGGGGAGCCAAGAAGGCAACGGACCUCAACAAACCGAUAGACAAAAAGCUGUACAAAGGUACGUCGCCGAGUUGCCACGAUUUUAACGGAACUGCAGCAACGUAUGAGGGAGCUCCACUGCUGGUCGGCUUCAGUACGGGGCAAAUUCAGCUGGUCCACCCGGGACGCCGAGAACAGGGAAAACUAUUCAACGAAGAGAGAAAUAUCGACAAAACUAAAGUUACCUGCCUCAAGUGGAUACCGGGAUCUCAGAAUCAGUUUUUGGUUUCUCACGCCAGCGGCUGUAUAUAUCUCUAUAACGAGGAGCUGCCCUGCACACCGGCCUCACCGAGCUACCAACCCUACAAGGGCGGCGAUGGGUACAUUGUGUUCGCGAGCAAGUCGAAAGCAACGAAGAACCCGCUCUACAAAUGGUGCUUCGGGCAGCACGAAAACGCCAGCAUCAACGAGUUUUGCUUCUCGCCGUGCGGCCAGCAUCUGGCCGUUGUGUCGCAGGACGGCUUUCUGCGCAUCUUCCACUACGAGCGCAUGGAGCUGGUAGGAAUCGUGCGUUCCUACUUCGGGGGCUUCCUGUGCGUUUGCUGGAGCCCGGACGGCAAGUAUGUGGUGGUAGGCGGUGAAGAUGACCUCGUGACGGUGUUCUCGCUGCACGAGCAACGGGUGGUGGCGCGAGGGCAGGGCCAUCGGUCGUGGGUAUCGGUGGUCGCUUUCGAUCCGUACACCACCUCAUACAACAACCUCGAUGGGGAUGAUCUGUCCGAGGAGGAACUAUCGUUCGGAGAGCAACGCGGUUCCCACCAUCCGCAUCACGCCACCGGCUACUGCCACCCGGAUGGCGGUGCGAAUGCAACGAAGCAGCAGCAACUACCACCGGCAUCAGUGACGUGCGACAAGCUAACGGCACAGAAUCGCCUGGCCACCUGCUACCGGCUCGGUUCGGUCAGCCAAGACACGCAGAUAUGUCUGUGGGACAUAACGGAAGACGUGCUGAGGCAAUCGUUCGGGCGUGUCGUCAAGUCCGCCAACCAUACCGGCGUGAAAGAUGUGAUGAUGAACGGUAUGUCGAAUGGUAUCGGUGACACAAAGAUGGACAAGUUCAGUGUUGGCAGCUCCAAGGGCAAAGCCGGCGGAGACGAUACGGUGGACAAUGCUAGCUUUAAACCGCAAAUAACACCCACGUUGGGCUUAAUCGGUAACAGUAGUGCGUACAGCAAUACUGGCACCAUCAAACCGAUCGGUAAUACGUACGGUACUUUGAAUUGUGAUGAUAAAGCUAAUAGCGACAGUAGCAGUGAUAAAGAAUCGGUUGAUAGUAAAAUUGUUAAACGAGCCAACAGCAGCGGGGCCGCCGAUGGGGCCGUAGCCCCGUCCGAGGAUGCCGGUGGCAGCGGCACGAAGCCCUCAACGACAACGACGGUGGUGGGUGGUGGUGGCGGCAAGAAGGACAAGUCCUCCGGUAAAGGGGGCAGUGACUCGCAGAGUGGCAGCGGCGGCCAGCAUUCCAGCACGUUCAAUUCGAUAACGCAACGCUUGACGAGUCUUAGCUUUGGCAAUAGUGGUGGCGCCGGCGGCAGUGGCAGUAGCGCCAGCAGUGGCAGCGGCAGUAGCUGUGAUAAGAAUGACAAACCUAGCAAGGCGGCCGGUGGCGGCGGCGGUGGAGGCGGCAGCAAGCGCAGUAUCAUAACGAUAGGCAGUAAAACUUUUAGCAACAGCAGCAAUAGCAAUAGCAACAGUCUUAACAACAAUCAUGUUCUAAACAGCAUAAACAGUAAUAAUAACCCCGCCCUGUCCACCGGCUCGCCGUCGGGAAGUGGUGGCAGUGGCGGCGGAGUGUCAAGCACCCUGAGCGCCCUCAUGAGUUCGUCGCUGACGAAGAACAAAUCGGGCGGUGGUGGCGCAAGCGGCAACACCGGCGCCCUGCUCGGUUCGGGUGGGUUUGCACCGUGCGGUCGGAUUGCUUCGUCGUACGACCCGAUGAAACUGAUCGGAACGCCCGCCUGUCCCCGCUACGACGACUGUCCAGUAUUAGAGCCGCUGAUCUGCAAAAAGAUUGCCCACGAGCGGCUGACGGCGCUCAUCUUCCGCGAGGACUGCUUUCUCACCGCCUGCCAGGAUGGUUUCGUGUAUACGUGGGCGCGGCCGGGCUUUGUUAAUAUUCCACAGCAUUUAUCUUCGACACCUUCGGCACCACCAGGGGGAACGGUAGUGUAAAUAUUUUAAGUUAAUAUUGAACGUUCACAACCAACCAGCAGCAGCCCCCGUCCUACAUCCGCAGCUCUGUCCCACGCCUCCCAUUUUCCUCACCACGCAAGCCAUUA